CGCAGCUAUGUCGUCGGAGGACGGGGACGGCUUGGACGGGGCUCCGCGCGCCGCGGCCACGCUCUGCGGCCUGUACCACGAGGCGGAGCAGCAGCUGCGGCACCUCCAGGGCCAGCUGGCCGCGCGCGACGCCCUCGUCGCAAGUCUCCGCGCCCGCCUGGCCGCGCUCGAGGGGCACGCGGCCCCGUCGCUCGUGGAAGCGCUGCUCGAGCAGCUGGCUUGCUCCCGGGAGCAGCUGCAGCGCCAACAGGGCGGGGCCGCCGAGGACCGGCUGCGCCAGGAGGUGGCGAGGCUCUCCCAGCAGCUGGAAGUAAAGGAGCAGGAGCUCCAGGAGCUGGUGAGGCCGCCGCAGCGGGACCCGGACAAGGAAGUGCUCCUGCUGCGGAGGAGUGUGGCCGAGAAGGAGCGGGCCCAGGCUGCCAGCCACCUGCUGUGCCGCUCCCUGGCCCACGAGACCCACCAGCUGCGCAGGACGCUGGCUGCCACUGCCCACAUGUGCCAGCAACUGGCCAGGCGUCUGGAGGAGCAGCAGCAUGCCCAGGGGCACACAGUGGACACGAGGGAACAGAGUUGUGACAAGGCAGGUCGCGGAGCAGCUGGAAGCUCCACCCAGGCUGUGGUGGAGAAGUUACAGGAAGAGAACCGGCUGCUAAGGCAGAAAGUGGCUCACGUGGAAGACCUCAAUGCCAAGUGGCAGCGCUACGAUGCCAGCCGGGACGAGUAUGUGCAGCGGGAGCUGGCGCUGCUGCGGAAGGAGAUUGCCCGGCUCAACACGCAGCUGGAGGAGAAGAUCCGUGCUUGCACGGAGGUCAAGCGGCAGCUGGCCGCAGCCAGGACGGCCCAGGAGGCCACGCUGGAACGGGUCCAGGUGCUGGAGCAGCAGGUUCUCACCUACAAGGAUGACUUCAGGUCAGAGCGGGCCGACCGGGAACGGGCCCACGGCAGGAUCGAGGAGCUGGAGGACAAGGUCACCUCCCUGCUGGGCCAGCUGGCCCAGGCUCAGGACUCGCGAGAGCCGGGCGCCUGCCGCCUGCGGAGCAAGGCUGCCCAGUACCUAGAGACCGAUGCCUCGGAGCCUGCGGUGCCCAGUGGCUGGAGGCCCGGGCUGCAGGGCCCCAACGCAGCGCCGGGGGCCAAGGGGGACCUGCAGUGCCCUCACUGCCUGCGGUGCUUUGGCGAGCAGGGCCAAGAACUGCUCCGGCACGUGGCCGGGGGCUGUGAGUGACCGGAGCCUGGCGGCCCCGCCCCGGGCAGCUGUCCCAGGAGGCAGACGGCCCCUCGCAGUGGGAUCGCCGUGGUGGCUGUGCACGUUGGUUCUCCACCCAGGCUGACAAGCCCUAGUGGAGACAUGCUGCUGGGGGGGGCCUUAGGGGCGGGGCCCCAGGCUGAAGCUGUGGGCACUCUGCUGCUGGAGUGUUUAGGGACCAGGGUGCUGCUCCCAUCCUUGUAGGGUGGGGUCCCCCCACUUCCCCGAGUCUACACUGAGGACUUGGCCUGGCCCCCCCCAGCGGGGGCAGCACGUGCUGUGUACCUUCAAAUUUCUGUAACUAACGUACUUGCUGUGCUGGCUCUGAGGGUUCCUGGGGGACGCAGGCCGGGCAGUGCUCAGGACCCCCACGCCUGCAGGCAGAGGCGCUCGGACUCUUGGCUGCCUGCCACAGGCCCCCUCUCCACUUGCGUAGGUCCUUGUCUGGUGGUUCGGGGGGUCACUGCUCUGGGGGCCCCAGCCAUGCCACAGAAAGCUCAGGCCCACGGAGCUGGGGUCCUGGGCGGGAGGGAUGGGGGUGCUUCAGGCCUGGGGAGCUCGGGGAACCCCAGGAGCAAAGUUGGUGCCUUAGAUCUUUGUAUCCAUUCUCUGAGCUCCACUACUGUACUGUUCAGAUAAAGAAAUGGAUAUAUCUUUGGCAGACAGACACACAUCUGAUUUCCACUGUGGUAUGUUUCUUCGCCCAUGGAUCAGUUACAAGUACAUGGUGUGGGGGUGGCAGAAAUUUUACAAAACACGGUAAGUUGAAUCGAAUCCCCUCAAAUGGUUCAUUGAUCAAAAAGACGUGUUAAGGCCUAGUCCGAUGGCUCAGUAACUAACUCCUCACCUUGAAAGCACCGGGAUCCCAUAUGGGCGCUGGUU